GAUAUUUUUGAUAUUUUAAAAAUGAAAAUUAAACCUAACGAGUUACGAUUAGAAAUUAAAAAAGAAAAUCAGAAUAAGCAACAAAAUGAGAAAAAAGAAAUAAAUCAAGAAGAAAAUAAAGAAGAUGCUAAUCUAAAAAAUAAUGAAAAUUUGAAAAACGAAAAUAACGAAAAAAUGAAUUCAAGUAAAGAAAUUAAAGAAGAAAAUACUAAUUCUAAAAAUAAGAAAUCUAAGAAGAAAAAAGGAGUAAAAAAUGCAGGGGUAAAGGAAAAUGUUGUUGAAGAAAUAAAAGAAGAUAAGAAUAGAAAAAUUAUUGAAGACGUUGAAGUGGGGAAUAAAAAUGAAGAAAGUAAUAAGGAAGAGGUUAAUAAGGCAAUAAUUAAAAAUCAGCAAGAAGGAAAGGAUGAAAGAAAUAAGGAAGAGAAUAAUGCUGAGGAAGAAAAGAAGAUUGAAUUGGAUAAUGAAGAGGAGAAGAAAAACGUAGAAGAGGAAAUGAAGAUUGAAGGAAAUAAUGAGGGGAAUAAAAAGGAAGGGGAAGAAGAUGAAAGGGAGACUGAUGGGAAUAAUGUAGUUAAGAAGGAUGAAGAAGAAAAGAAGAUUGAAUUGAAUACGGAGGGGACGAAGAACGAUCAAGAAAAGGAAAGGAGGGCUCAAGAAGUAAAUGAUGAGAAAAAGAGGGAAGAGGAAGAAGGGAAGGUUGAAGUGAAUAAUGAAGCUAGCUCUAUCAAGAAUAAUGUUAAAGAUAAGAAAACCAGGCGAAAAACUAAAUCUAGGAAGGCAAAGUCUAAUAAUCUGAAAAAGACUGAGGUUAAGGAUAAAGAACUCUUAAUUAAGACAGAAGAUGAACCCACAGAAAAGUAA